AUGCCUACAAACAUCGGUCUUCUUGCUACAGAUCAUGACAAUAAAUACUACGAUAUUACCCAUACGUUCCAGAUCGAUUCAUUUACUUAUCAUGUGCUAGGACUUCGCAAGGAUCGUCCAACAUAUGGAAGCACUUAUUAUAUUUUUAGUUGUCCGGAUUGUACAGAGGAACGAUAUGGAAUUGCUCGAGCUACACCAAGAUCUUUACCUGUUCUCCGUACUUCUGGAAACUUUGAACAUCGACUUACAAGUGAGCAUCGUACAAUACUGAAGCAUCACAGUUCAUCAACAAAUCAGGUUCACAUAACCACAUCCCGCACAGAUCGUCCUCAUACAAGUUCAGCAACACGAAAAAAAGUCGAAAAUGGGACGAUAUCUAUCGAACAGUCAAUAGCUAAACUGUUGCAAACUGAACAUCAAACAUUAGUCACAUCGCUGCGCAAAGCAAUCAAAGCAGAUAAUGAAGCACUAAUUCGAUCAAUUAAAAACUCAUCAAAGAAAGUUGAAGAUGAAAAACAAUCUGCCGAACAGAAAUUGAAUGAAACUCUUAAAAACGAACGUCAGUCAAUGUUAGAUUCGUUUCGUCAAGAGUUGGAGGCAAAAAAUACAACACUAAUUCAAUCAAUCAAAACAGAAGAGCAAGUUUUAAUACAAGAAUCAGCCAAAUCCAUGAUUAGUAAAGAAGAAAUAGUUCUUUUGUUUGAAGAGCAAAAACGUUCACUUGAAAGCAUAUACGAGAAGCAAAACAGAACUAUUGAUUCUUCUGAUGAUCGUUUCAUACAAAAUGUGACAGAGGUAACAAACACUCAACAGGUAUUAUCGACAGCACUCAAUCACUUUCAAAUUACAUUGAUUCAAACAGUUGAGAAAGAAAUGCAACAGACUAUAUCGAAAAUUGUUGAAAAAUUUGAAUCAAUGACUCUUGAAAUAACACAAUUAAAACAGAGUCUUGAACAAACGACCGAGAAACGGUCUAGUACCACCAUAAAAAGAAAUGACUCUGACCUAUUAAAUCAUUUAUUCGUUGAACAGAAAAAGUUUCUCAUAGAUACAAUUGAACAGCAACAGAAACUUUGGAGUGAACGUUUACAACUUAUCGUGCGUUCGGCACUGUUUGAACAAAAGUCAUCAUCAGUCGUCACUAACACUGGUAACACCUCCUCCUCCUCCUCCUCCACUGUUAAAGUCAAAACACAACAGGAACAAACAACUGAUCAUUUGCUCCACAUCAAUCAAACCUCAUCAAAUUCAGCAGAUCAACAUUUGUUCAAAUUGUCGAUUAAAUCACCCGAGCCUGUUAGUGUAUUUGCUAAAUUAUUUAUUGCCGGUAUUGAAUAUCCAAGAAAAUCUCAUACACUCUGUCAGCAAGAUCCAUCUCACUCCGAUGAGGUCACUUGUUAUAUUGCCCCACCUGCUGUAGAUGGGCCCUACAAUGUGAUUGUCUAUGCUAAGACCAGAACGGAAACGGCAUAUCGAGCCGCCAUCUCCAUGCGAAUACCGGGACCAAAUAUAACUCAAUCUGUUUUUUUUCCAUACACAUUUCCAUCAUUUGAAAUGCAUCAAUGCAUUCUAAUUCAACCUUUACAAAGUUUUUUGCGACAUAAUGAACAUGUAUUGAUACAAAUGGUCAUACCUGAUGCACAUGCGGUCAAAAUAUAUAACGGUAAUGACGCUGUUGUACUUGACGACGAUGACUUCACUAAUGGAAAAUUGAAAAAGCAAUUACAAGUUUGCGGCGAUGUAUAUGUUUAUGGUCAAUGGAAAAAUGAAACUGAUUCACCUAUUUGUUUUUUUUAUGUCAUCUAA